AUGGAGGAGAGCCUGGACGUGGAUGAUCUCUUCGGAGAUCCUAACUCACUGGAUCUGGGACUAACAGCGUCACAGCCGGCCAAAGGCUUAGCUCAGCGCCUCGAUGAAAUGCGCCUGUGGGGCUGCUGCAAGAAGAUUGCUUGGUCGAAAUUGGGUUGCAUUGCAUACAUCUCGCAAGAUGGCUUGCAAGUGAUGGUUCGCCAUCUUGUAUGUAAACCAGCCGAUGGGAAGUGGACGCUGGGUGACGAGCAUCCGCAGAGUCAAAUUGCCCAACUUCACGUGGGUCAACAGCUGGCUCAUCUGUGCUGGAAUGAGAUGGGCAACGACUUGGCAGUCCUCGAUGUAUCGGGGCGAAUCUCCGUCUUCUCCAUCUCUACGACUUUGAAUAAUAUCGCCGUCAACCGCCAACCCAUGCUCGAUCAGCCUGAAGAUGGUGCUCAAGUUGUUGGGAUGAUGUGGAUGAAUGCGAAUCGUGCUGUGAGACCCCUAUGCCUUGACCCAGGACGGCUGUUCUUUGCCAAGUUAAACGAGAGAUGGAAUUAUUCACCCUUUCGACGCAAGCCCAUCGGACCCUUCCAUCCAGCCAACAAAGCGGCGCUCAUUGCCAUUACCAGGGUUGGAGUAGUCCGAUUACUUUACCAAAACCCCGACAAUAGAUGGACCGAGAUUUCGGCAGAACUGAAGACGACCAAUCACUCUGAUCGCGUGCUCACACAUGCCGCACUACUACCCUCCCCAAACGGCGUUAUUGUCGCCACCCACUCGCUCUCGGAGAAGAUCAGUCUAUAUCGAAUGCAGAUUACGUGGAACCCAGCACAAUGGGAUCAGGCACAGCAGAGGCAGGCCUCUGGUGCUUUGAACUUUCCGGUCCCUACCAUCCGCACUAAUCACUACAAGACUGAAAUCCCCGGUAGAAUGUUUAGCUCUAAUAAAGACCAAGGCGACGACUUGGAAAAUUUAACCACCACCCAGAGCUCUCUCUAUCAACUCACAGGUCUUGAACUCGUUUCCGGGAAUUCUGACAAUACCGGAAUUGCACCAUCGGCACCAUGGAUACUAGCAAUCUACUCAAGCCCGUUGCACGGUGCCGUUCACAACCCCCAGAAUCAGGAACCACCCUCAUCCGUCAUGGUGAGGUGGCAGCUGGAAUCCUCGGCAUUAAACCUGCAUCCGGUAUUCGAGGAAUUAAUAGCCAAGAAAACCAAUGGCCAACACAAAACAAAAUUAGAGCUGCGACGAUUGGAAGAUAUUUAUUUUGCUAAAUACGUGGUUUCCAUCGACUAUGUUGAGUUUGGAAAUGUCCUUGCCAUAACGCAUGACGAUAGCUCAGUUUCUCUCUUUGACCCUAAAACCAUGUCCACCCUGAGUGAAGCCCACGAUGUCAAUACUGUGACUAGCAUGGCUCAAGCUGGCUUCCGUUUUCCUCUUGAUGCGCCAGGUCUAAAUGUUUGCUUCUCGCCCAAUGGCUCUCUUGCGGUAAAUCUAGAUGCAGAAUCGCAGGCGCAGCUUCGGUUUGCUGAGUAUCCCUUUGAGUCGGGGAACGAUUCACAUGACAAUGCACGGAAUGUUUUCAUCAAUGAGGUGUAUCGUGCUCUACCUAUCAACUGCAACUUCUCCAUUGAACAAGACAAGUCUAUGCAGCAUCCGUAUAUUCCUCGUUGCUUAAGUAUGCAAGCAGCCCUCGGCUUUCAAAACUACUUCACCCCUCGCAGCUUGCCGUCGUCUGUAUCUUGGUCGAUUCUUCAUUUACGGCAUGCCUCCCUUCUCUUUGCCUUUUUCUUUCAGUACAGCAAGGCACCCAAAGAGAGUGAAUCGCCAGACCGCGAUUUCUUGCGAAUGGUACAAGGAAACACAAAAUGGGCCUUGGAUUUCACGCAAUACAUCCUAGAUGAUCUAUUUGCGCUUGCCAAAGAAUUUGAAUCUGUGAUUGACGACCAGGAAGCAUUCUCCCAGAAAGGAUCAAAAAGUCAAAUCAACAUCAUCGUUGCCUCUCACUCUAGUCCUAGCGAUAGCACGUCAUAUCCGUUCUCGGGAGACGGUCGCACAUACAGCAGAGAACUAUGUGCAUUGAUCGAUAAGGCGCCGGUCCGAUUCCCUCUCUAUGAGAAAUUUCUGAGCGGACUAGAGUUAGCUGUCAAACAAGCCUACCAGGGAGCCGGAUUUGGGGACAACGAACGCCGGACUCCAGAAAAAGACCUUCUAGUCAAUUCUCGCAUACCCGCCGUCUUGAUUCCCGUCGUUAACACCUUAUUCAAACAGACAAUCCCAGCCAUUCAGUCCGAAAUUGAUCAGAUGACCAUCUACUUCAUUGACUAUAGUUGGCUGGGUGUGUGCAAUGAUCGCCGAACGGAAUACUAUCGGCGAAGUCGACAGGUUGACGUGUUGAAGAAAAUACGUUUGCGAGGAUUUAGCGUGAACAAUAACAGCACCGUCAACAACAAUAACAAUAACAAUAACAGCAAAGAUGAGAAUCAGGUUAUCGAACCAUAUAUGACAUCACAACUUUUGAGCAACGAGGUCACUCCAGGUUCCCUAUCUCGAAGACGAUGUAUUAUUCGUAACUGUCUUUGCGGUGGGAUGUGGACGUUCGAGACUGGGCCGCCUGUAGCAACCUCUCGACUUGAUGGGUAG